AUGCUGAGGGUACGCCAGCGGGAGCUCUUGCUGGGCCUGGCCGUAGCGGCCACGGCAAUGGUGGCAGCGUGGUUGAUGGGCUGGUGGCGUCCCCGCCCUGGCUUCCGCCUCUUCAUUCCCGAGGAGCUGGCUCGCUACCGCGGAGGCCCGGGGGACCCGGGCCUCUAUUUGGCGUUGCUCGGUCGCGUCUACGAUGUGUCCUCUAGCCGGAGACACUACGAGCCUGGGGCCCACUAUAGCGGCUUCGCAGGGCGAGAUGCAUCCAGAGCGUUUGUGACUGGGGAUUACUCUGAAGCCGGCCUGGUGGAUGAUGUAUCUGACUUGUCAUUUUCUGAUAUGCUGACGCUUCAAAACUGGCUUUCUUUUUAUGAGAAGAAUUAUGAAUUUGUUGGAAAGGUGACAGGAAGGUUCUAUGGAAAGGAUGGGCUCCCAACUCCAGCACUGACCCUGGUGGAAGCCAUGAUUACCAAAGGCUUGGAAGCAAGUAAACAGGAAAUGAAAGAGAAGCAGAAGUUCCCACCGUGCAACUCUGAGUGGAGCUCAACCAGGGGAACCCGGUUCUGGUGUUCCCCAAAGAGUGGAGGUGUGAACAGAGACUGGAUUGGCGUCCCCAGGAAGCUGUAUAAGCCAGGUGCCAAGGAGCCCCAGUGUGUGUGCGUGAGGACAGCCGGCCCCCCCAGUGACCAAUCACUGGACAAUGCUGCACACCAAGAUCGUGGGGACUUGGACCACCCCAACUUGGAGGAGUACACAGACUGUCCACCCCUAGCCACCACAUGUUCCUUCCCACCCUAA